UACUAAUUAUGUAUUAUUUUUAACAUUAUAAUUCGACUGUACUAUAAAAUGGCGCUGGAAAAAAAAGAGGCAAAUGUGAGGUCUGCUUAGCGGCACACACAGUGGGCACUUCCAGAAUAAAACAAGGUGAUUUUCUGAAUUGCACUCAAGCUCAGCUACGUGCAGAGAAAAGCUUAACUCAACCUUCCUUUGAACCUCCUCAAGUAAGAUUUCAGCAGGUGGCAUCAUAGUUUGAAAUGAAAAGGGUGAUCAAAAGCUCAUCCGAUAGAGCACUGACCUCAAGAGGAAUAAGUACACUACUUCAAGUAACUUCGUUUCAUGUACCAACGUAGUAGGGUACAUGGAGAGACAGCCAUGACGCUAUGCUGUGGGCUUAGAUCAUUCUUCCAGUUUUUCAAAACGCCAGUUUAUCAUCAGCAAACAAAACCUAGGACCUUGAGGCAUGUCUACUUCAGAAGCCUGGCAUCAGCAUCAAGCCUGUCAGAUUCAGUGGAACUUUUUGGGAAACUCUACCCUCGAGAUGACUACACCAACGUCACCCCCAAAAUACUCUCCAAAGUGGGGAAGAACUUGCACAACCAGAAAUACCACCCAUUGUGGCUGAUUAAGGAGCGGAUUAAAGACCAUUUCUAUAAACAAUACAUAGGCCGCUUUGGGAACCCAUUGUUCUCAGUCUACGACAACAUGUGUCCUGUGGUAACCAUUGAGCAGAACUUCGAUAGCUUGUUGAUCCCAUUUGACCAUGCCAGCAGAAAGAAAGGAGACAACUACUACUUAACUUGCAACCACAUGCUGAGGGCACACACCUCUGCCCACCAGCGAGAUUUGGUGCGCUCCGGCCUUGAUGCCUUCCUGGUUGCUGGUGACGUCUACAGGCGGGACGAAAUCGAUAGCAGCCACUACCCUGUCUUCCACCAGAUGGAGGGUGUGCGUCUCUUCUCAAAUCACGAGCUGUUUGCGAAUGUCCCAGACGGAGAGGACCUGCAGCUCUUUGAGAAGAGUCCUCGCACUCCACAGAAGCAAGAAACUCACACACUGGAGGCAGUGAAACUAGUGGAGUUUAAUCUGAAGCAGACUCUUGGCAAACUCAUGACUCGCCUCUUUGGAGGAGGGCUUGAAAUCAGAUGGGUUGACUGCUAUUUCCCGUUCACGCACCCUUCUUUUGAAAUGGAGAUCAAGUUUCAGGGAGAGUGGUUGGAGGUACUGGGCUGUGGGGUGAUGGAACAACAGCUGGUGAAUUCAGGCGGUGCCCAUGAGAAGAUUGGCUGGGCGUUUGGUCUAGGGCUGGAGAGGCUGGCCAUGAUCCUAUACAAUAUCCCAGACAUCCGGCUCUUCUGGAGCAAGGACGAACGCUUUCUCAAACAGUUCCGUGUUUCCCACAUUGACCAGGAAGUCACCUUUCAGCCGCUGAGCAAGUACCCUCCUUUAAUCAACGACAUCUCCUUCUGGCUGCCCUCACAGGGCUACUCUGAAAAUGACUUCUAUGAUUUGGUGCGGUCGAUUGGAGGAGACUUGGUGGAAAAGGUGUCUCUCUUUGACCAGUUUACCCACCCAAAUGCUACAUAUAUCCUGCCUGCCGACUACCUUCAUUGCCUUGUGUGGAUCUGCAUGCAGCUCUUUUUUUUCCCUUCCAGGACAGAAAAGCUCAGCCACUGCUAUCGGAUCACAUACAGGCACAUGGAGAGGACUCUUACGCAGGAGGAGGUGCGAGUUCUUCAUAAGGCCCUUGAAAUAACAGCAGAGCAAGAGCUGGGUGUGGUGGGGAGGUACUAGCUGAGUUUCUACCAGUGGCAUCAAGCAACAUCUCUCAACAGCUGUAACAUCUUGGGAACAUCUGGAACCACCAGGGAAUCACCUGUCUCUUACCCUGGGGAUAGGUCUUUCACACCACACCCCUUUACACUGGGGAUAGGUCUUUAACACCACACCCCUUUACACUGGGGAUAGGUCUUUCACACCACACCCCUUUACACUGGGGAUAGGUCUUUCACACCACACCCCUUUACACUGGGGAUAGGUCUUUCACACCACACCCCUUUAUACUGGGGAUAGGUCUUUCACACCCUUUCUACAUUUUCCUUUUCAAUUAUUUUAUAUGUGUAUAGUAACUAAGAUCUUUCAGAUCUUCUACAUGAUCCAGUUCGGGGCACUACGCCUUAUGUAGAAACAGUGCUAAUAAAUUCAUUCUAGUAAAUCUUAUCAAAUAUUUACUGCUGUUCUUUAAUAGGUCUAUUGUUCUAUAUGAAAGAUGUACACAGUAUGAUGUAUGUGUAUUCUUUCAAUUAGUGAACACAAAUAGUUGUGUUUGAUGUGAUUUGUUGAAGAAGGAAAUCAAAGUGCAGCAUUGAACAUUGUUUGUGAAAUAAUAAGCUUAUAAGUUAUGUUAACUUUUGCAGCUAAUAAAUACCAUAAAAAAAUAAAAUACACAUUUGCCAAAAUCUUUACAUCUUUCUCAUAUCAGGCCUACGAAUGGGCAGUAAUAAGUAUGUGGUAAUAUUUAUUAGAAUUACUUUAAUAUAAGAAACCAUGUAAUAAAAGGCUCCUUGGCCUCAUACAUUAUGUCAGUUAUGUGGAUGUGGUGUGUGUAUACAGCGGCAAGUAACCUCCUUUUUUACUAACAACCAUGUUGAUUGUUUGUGUACUACUAACAAAAAGAAUGGACAAAGCAGUUAUUUCUGAUCAAUUUCUAUACAGCAGUUGGUCCCUUGGUGGUUGUACACUGUAAAAAAUGUUUUGUUUUUUUUUUGUAUGUGGCUACAUUUUACUGCAGACUCUUGAAAACUGCAUGUUUAAAAAUAUUUUCAAUAAAUGUAUUCAAAUAUGGCUCUGCAAUUGAUGAAUAAAUUAAAUGCCAAAUCUA